ACUCUGGACACUGAUUGGCAGCCGCAGGUGCCAGCUUGCAGCAGUGGGCGGGGCUUGCUGUCACUGGACGUGUCCGCUGUCAGCUGGGCUCAACAGGUCUGAAGGAUGUCCAGAGAGCCGCUGAGUGUUUCGGACCUGCUGCUCUGUCUGGAGAGUUCGGAGCUGCAGGAGCUGGAGCGGGUCAGAACCGCCAUCAACCAGCAGCUGAGUUCAGACAGAGGGGGCGCUGUGCUGUCCUCCCUGGUGGAGCAUUACCUGGACUCCUCCUCCUCCCAGGUGCUGCUGCUGCUCUCCUCCAUCAGGGAGCCUCACCACAAGGUGCUGCUGGAGAAGCUGAACGAGGCGCUGACCCGACCCGGAAACAGAGCAGCAGCCAUCGCCCUGCUGGGUCACCUGAUCCGGAAGCAGCCGCCCUGGAUCCACCACAUCAGCCAGGCGCCGGUGCUGCCGACGCUGCUGCGCUGCCUCAAGACGGACGGAGACGUGGCGGUUCUGGUCAGCGGGGUUCUGGUCCUGGUCGCGCUGUUACCCAUGAUCCCUCAGGCCGGGAAGCAGCACAUCUACGACUUCUUCGACGUCUUCGGUCGCCUGGCGUCCCGGAGCUACAGGAACCCCGGUCAGGUGAGCGCGGCGUACCUGGUCCACCUCCACGCCGCCGUUUACUCGCUGUUCCACCGUCUGUACGGGAUGUUCCCCUGCAACUUCGUCUCCUACCUGAGGCUGCACUACGGCAUGAAGGAGAACCUGGACACCUUCCAGGAGGUGGUCAAGGUCAGAACCGGGUCAGAACCGGGUCAGAACCUGGACACCUUCCAGGAGGUGGUCAAGCCAAUGUUGGAACAUGUUCGGAUCCACCCAGAACUCGUGACCGGAACCCAGGACUCCGAACUGGACCCGUCCAGGUGGAGGUGUUGUGAGGUCCAUGACAUCAUCAUGGAGUGCUGCCGACUCUCUCUGGACCCGCUGGAGGACGCCUGCUGUCCCUCCCCCCAGCCUCACCUGGACCUCAGCCCCGCCCCCCAGGUCUGGCAGCCAAUCAGCAGCUCAGGAAGUUCAGUGGGUCAGCUGACGCUAAGCUCCUCCCACAUCCAGGCUGAUGAUGUCACAUGGAGCCCCUCCUCUCAAUGUGGCUUGGCCACGCCCCCUCCUGAGCCUGCAUCUCCAGGCCUCGCCCCCUCGCUGAGCAGGUGUACCUCCAUUUCAGGUGUGAAAUGUCCCUCACCUGACUCUGUACCUGUGACCACGCCCAGUGAAGGUAGCCAUAAACCUGCCGGCAGCCUCCAGGUGAGAUCGGGUGUCUCUGUCAAGGAGCAGCAGGAAGAUGGCCGCUGUCUGUCCUCACAGGUGAAGCAGCAGCCAAUCAGAGCGCAGGAGGAGAUGAGCCUGAGUCAUGUCAUCAGCGGUAACCUGAGCAGCCCAGACGUCAGAGCGCCAUCUUCCUCCUCCCAGUUCCUCCUCCUUACUUCCACCUCCAGCCGCAGUGACUCACCAGGUGGACCCGCCCCUUCUCCCAGUGACCCCGCCCCCUAUGCUCCUGGCCCCGCCCCUCCCUAUGAGCCGCUGUUUGAGCUGGCUCUGCCUCACGCCUUCAUCAGGAGGAAGACGCAGGAGGCGCUGCAGAGCGCUGCAGGGCGGCAGCAACAGGUGGAGGAGGAGCAGAGCGCCAUGUCUCCUCUGAAGGUUCUAGAGCAGAUGAUCGUUCAUGGGAGCGACGCUCAUGAGCGCCUCAGCAGGAGGUCGUCAGCGGGGAGCAGGUCGGACCGGAGUCACCUGGGAGGCCCCGCCCCCCAGGGGGAGGAGCUUCAGAGGAGCCAGCUGCUGCUGGUCCACAGCCAGCUUCAGUACGAGCGCUUCAAGCGGCAACAGCACGCCAUCAGGAACCGCCGCCUGCUGCGUCGGGUCAUCAACGCCACGGCGCUGGAGGAGCAGACAGUCGCCAUGAAGGCGCAGCUGGGCGUUCAGGACCAGGAGAUCCGCAGCCUGAGGUCGAGUCUGAGCGAAGAGCAGCGGCGCCUCAACCAGCUGCAUCAGGACGGACGGACCCAAACGGACCGCCUGCUGGACCAGAACCAGCAGCUGCUGCUGCAGCAACAGCGCCACCAGCAGGACAACCAGCAGCUGCAGAGCGACCUGGAAGACUGUCAUGGCCAACUGAGGGAGCUGGAGGCGGAGCUCCAGGGAGCCAAUAGGAAGGCCAAACACGCUGAGCACCAGCUGACCCAGCUGGGCCUGAAGCUGUGCAGCAGUGAGCAGCAGCAGCAGCAAGUCUUCCUGCUGGACCAGCAGCUCGUCCUGCUGAGGGAAACCAACAGAGCUCUGAGCCAGCAGCUGGACGAGGCCGCCGCCCACAGCUGGACCGAGGAGGCCAUGCUGCGGCGCAGCACAGGGAACGACGUCCAGAGGCUGAAGGACUGCGACGUCCUGCAGAAACAGAAGCUGGAGGCAGCCAGCCACAGGAUAGCAGAGCUGGAGAGCCAGCUGGCCAGGAAGGACAAGCUGAUCCUGGAGCUGAAGAAGCUGCUGGAGGAAACCAAGAGCCUCAGCAGGGCGGAGCUGUCGGCCUCAGAGAGUCGAUGUGUGGCCCUGAGGAGAGUCAGCCAGAUGCUGCAGACUGAGAUGCUCCACCUGUACAGCCAGGUUCACCUGGACACUCACACAGGAAGUGACACGUGCACACACAGCCCUCCUCUUGAUGCCGGCAGCAGAAACAGCCCCUCCGCUCAGGAUGGCUACAAGCCCCGCCCCUCUUCUUCUUCUGCUGUGGGAAUCAUAAACGGUGCUGUGGAGGCCCUCUCCUCCUCCUCACCCCUCUCCUCCUCGCCCAUCGACUCCCCGCUGGCCGUCGGAUCUUUCCUGGAGCAGCAGGCGCGGCGGCUGUUUGGGCCAAACAACCAGAGCCUGGAGGAGGAGGAGGAGGAGGAGGAGGUCCCAGCAGGGAGCCCUCCUCUGGGUCAGGAGGUGGAGGAGGCCACCCUCCUCACUGGGAGUCCUCAGAUGGAGCCUCCUGCUCCAGCUGCAGACCUGGAGCUCAGCGUCCGCCAGCGGAGAGACGAGCUCAGCAUCAUGGACUACAACGAGUCGCUGCCUGAGUUCUGAUGGAGGAGGAGGAAGGGGUCACCUCUAAGGGAACCUGGACCUCAGGUGAGGGUCAGACUGGACCCUCCUGGAUCAACAGGAAGCAGAAUCACUCUACACUUCCUGAAUCACUCUUAGGAAACAGAGAGCCAGAUUAAUGAGAUGUUGAGAUAAAAUCAGUUUGGCUCAGACGGUUUCUCAUCGUGAUCAACUCUGCGGAUUCUCUCAGGUUUAUGAUCAACCAAUCAGUGAUCAGGUGCUUUAUAUCGAUUGAUCUGUGAUUUUUCUGUUUCCGCCUUGUUAAUCUGAAGAAUAAAGUCAACUGGAGCUUUA